GGAAUCUCUUCAAAAGUAUUACUCAUUAAUUAGUAGUUCUUUCAAAAAUCAGCAUAUUUAUCGGUCCAACAAAAGUGCUAACUCCAAUGGAUUAGGAAUUCAUAUUCGAAGUAUGAAAUUAUCGCCAUCUCCAAAAUUUCGCCUACAUAAGCCUAAAAGAAAGAGAAAGAAUGAUGAUUUAAGACACAAGAGCAUGAUAAAACUUGAACCUGACUCGAUGUUUUUAUAGGGCCCAGCAGUAUCAAAAUUACAAGUGAAUUUAUCGACUCAUUAUUUAGGACGAAAGAAAAGUUCUUCAUUUCAGAUCCAUAAUUCCCAUGACCCAACUCACUAUCCUUUCAAGAGUAGCAUUAAUUUAGUUGUUGAUAGAGAGAUGAUCAAGAAUAGAGAAUCAACAUCGAGGACACCUCACCCUAAUGUUACAAGGCCGAGCUAUUUUAAUAAAAGAAAACUGACUCCAAAUCAUAUUUCAAAGUUCCGAAGCAAUAGCAAUCGUAUCGAGAAAAAUAGCAAACCAGUGGUCGAGUCUGAAAAGAGCGAGCAAAGGAAAAACUUGACUACAAAAAUUCAAGAAGCGUUAUUUAAAACCAACAAAUUUAUGAAAAAAUAUGCAGCACUAUAUUCAAAAUCUUCCCCUAAGAGUAAGUUUAUAUAUUAAUUUACAAAACUGAUCUUUAUAAUUUAGGGUUUGCAAGGAAUGAUUGAAAAGCAUCAUUCUAUCAACAGUAAGCACUCAAAUUUAUGUAUCUUAAUUCUAUAAUCCUCUGAAAUUAAUCUCUGUUAUUAGAAGAGAUUCUUCUCCAUCUGUAAUAAACGCAGUUGCUUAUGAUCGGAGUGAGAGGCUUAACAUAUCAACUCUUAUUGAGACCUACAACAGCUCUAAAACAGGGAAUGGAUGUAAAACUAAGAAGGGAAGUUUGUUUAAGUCCAUACUUAAAUCUAAGAAAGUUCUUUUAUCAAAUCAGAGAUCUAUUGUUGCUAAAUUUGCUCCCAGCACUCCAAUCAAGAAUAGCAGAGUUGUGGGAUCAAAGAUAUCUAUUUUACAAAAAAAUAGGUUUCACCCUUAACUUUUCAGAGGAUAUUUACUCUACAUGUU